AUGCAUGUUAAAAACAUAUGUAUUGAAGGAAAAGAAGAAGGGUUGUUCUACAAAGGCAUUACAUAUUUGAUACUGAAAGGAACCUACAUAUCUGAAAAUACUACCGCUAAAUUAUCCGUAUGUCAAAUUUAUAUAAGCUAA